AUGCCAUCCAUCAAUAAUACCCAGUUUCAUCCCCACUUCUUUAUCCUGCUAGGAAUACCAGGACUGGACACUCUACACAUCUGGAUUGCUUUCCCCUUCUGCAUUGUGUAUCUGACCUCCCUUGUGGGGAACAUCACCAUUCUCUUUGUCAUCAAGAUUGAACACAGUUUUCAUCAGCCCAUGUUCUACUUCCUGGCCAUGUUGUCCAUGAUUGAUCUGGGCCUAUCUACAUCCACCAUCCCCAAAAUGUUGGGCAUCUUCUGGUUCAAUCUCCACGAGAUCAGUUUUGGAGGCUGCCUUACUCAGAUGUUCUUCAUCCACAUGUUCACUGGCAUGGAGACUGUUUUACUGGUGGUCAUGGCUUAUGACCACUUUGUUGCCAUCUGCAAUCCUCUCCAAUACACCACCAUCCUCACCAAUAAAACCAUCAGCAUCCUAGCCUCUGUUGUCAUUGGAAGAAAUUUAAUUCUUGUGACUCCAUUUGUGUUUCUCAUUCUGCGACUGCCCUUCUGUGGGAAUCGCAUCAUGCCUCAUACGUACUGUGAGCACAUGGGUCUUGCCCAACUGGCCUGUGCACCCAUCAAGGUCAACAUAAUCUAUGGACUUAUGGUGAUUUCUAAUAUUAUUGUGGAUGUGAUCCUGAUUGCCUCUUCCUAUGUGCUCAUCCUUCGAGCUGUCUUCCGCCUUCCCUCUCAAGACGCACGACUAAAGGCUCUCAAUACUUGUGGUUCCCAUGUCUGUGUCAUGCUGUGCUUUUACACACCAGCAUUUUUUUCUUUCAUGACACAUCGCUUUGGCCAUAACAUUCCCCAGUACAUCCAUAUUCUUCUGGCUAACCUGUAUGUGGUCAUCCCACCUGCCCUUAACCCUGUCAUUUAUGGAGUUAGGACCAAGCAGAAUCGAGAGCAUGUUGUAAAGAUAUUUAUACAAAAAGAAUAG